UCUAUCUAUCACUUUCUAGUUCAUAGUACAGUAACCCUACAUAUCAGCCCUAAGUAUAUAUAAAUAAGGCUUAAAUUCUUUCUUCCCAAAUACUUUCUCUUGCACAUUGGAAGAAUGAGCGAAUCGACUUGCAAUUGCUGCGUACACGUUUAGAUCAAGCAUAAACAACACAGCGGUGACACCGGAAGGAGAACAGAAGACAUUGUCGAAGGCUUGCUGCUCAUACUGCCCUCACCAGUAAAACUUUUGUCCUGGUUGCCAUGGAGCUGAAGUUCUUUUUCCCAUCGUCUCACCUUUGCAGCAUGAGUGUCCAGUCAGUGAUGCUGUCCUUAUUGCUGUCUUUGAUUUGCUUGUCUUGUUUUAUGGAAGAACACACUGCAAGUGGCCUCGUCCUUCCGGCACAGUCAACAAGUAAAGUAAAACGACAAUCUGCUGAAAGCUCACUCCAGUUGAAAACUGAAAAACCAACCACCAAGGACAAUGUUCAUGAAAGACACAUCAGUAAAAAAGAUUUGAGCAAUCUCCUGAAGCUACUUCAGAUACUUCGAGAGCUACAGAUGACUUCGGCAUUACCGACAAUGUCCAGCCUCCGUUUUCGUUGACACUUUAUUCAGCGUUUCGUUGAACAACUCAACUGAUUUUUACUUAAUCGUUUACCUGCGCUCAAUCAUUCAACCAAUGACAUUUCUAUAUACUACAACUGUUAAACAGUAGGACAAUCACUUGAAUUUCUUUUAAUAUAUUUUAGUAUUCAAUACAAAACAGCAAUAUUUCCCAGAUAUUCUGGGUUCAGACUAAUAUGAUAUACAUUAUUUAAGGCGGCGAGCUGGCAGACACGUUAGCACACGGGCGAAAUGCUUAGCGGUAUUUCGUCUGUCGUUACGUUCUGAGUUCAAAUUCAGCCGAGGUCGACUUUGCCUUUCAUCCUUUCG